UUGCCUUCCUGCCAUUUUUACCCAACUGAGUCAGUCCAUCAAGGAAUAAUUAAUUACCAAGAGAGGAAAAAAUAAAGAAAUAAAAAAAAGACAUUUUAGUUUUCAUUCUGCACAUCUUUUUUCACCAUGACUUGUCUCUCCAAGACACUUCUUUUUCUUUUCCUUUAUUUUCUUCUCUCUUUGCCUCACUUUAUUACCAGGAUACCAGCCAGCCCAUUUCACAAUAAAAACAGCAUAUUCUCAAUCAUCCACUCCACCGUACAGGAAACACCCAUGAUUGCACCCAGUAGCAUCUUGAUUUCACCAUGGAAAACCUCUGCUAUUAAGCUACCAAAUUCUUUGAUUCUUUAGCCUUCCAGUUUUAUAUAUAUACGCCAUCAAUCUUCUUCACUUUUCUUCCCUGUUAAACCCUCUUUUUUUUCCAACUCUUAUUGUCCUACUCUCCAUAAUACUGAUGGGUUCUUCAUAUACCGCAUCAUCUGUCAAUGGUUUCUACAACUUCCUUACACAAGGACUAGAUGAGCUUCACCAAUCCUUCGUGUCCCAUAACUUCAUGUCAGUUCAAUUCCUUUCAGAGGUGCUCUCAUCUAUCCAAUCUUUCCAUUCACAGUUAACAAUUUUGGUCCAAAAGCUUCGCUUACCAGUUGGAGGAAAAUGGUUGGAUGAGUACAUGGAUGAAAGCUCAAGGCUAUGGGAUGCUUGUCAUGUCCUGAAAUCCGCCAUUUCUGGAAUGGAAAAUUGCUGUUCAGCUGCCUCCACUGUUGCUUCCUCACUGGAUACCUAUCAUCAUCUCACUCCAGAGAUUUCACGUCAGAUUAUCCGCGCAAUAAAUAUAUACCAGAGAGAAAUUCUAGCACUGGAAGAGGAGAACAAGGGCUUGAUGGAAACAAGAACUCAGCCACUGUCUCUGUGCCUGAACCAGAACAUCCCAAUGGAAUCAAAAUUAAACGCGUUCAGUGGGUUUCGAGGCGUUCUUCACGCAAUGAGGAGCGUGAGUUCAUUGCUUCUGCUGAUUCUUCUUUCUGGGUUCGCUUACGGCUGGUCUGCCUCCUGCUUUCAACAACGCGACAUGGAAGAACAAGCAGGUUUCGGAAGAGGGUUGACGGAUUCCAUGGCGAGAUUGGAGCGAAAAGUGAGAGAAGAGAUAGAACAGAGUGAAGCACAAAGCGGGAUUUUGCUGUUCGAGUUUCAGCAAGCGAAGAUAGCCAUGGAGGAACUGAAGGAGGGGUUGGAGAGAAGAAGAGAGGGAUAUGAGGGAAUUGAGAUUGAAGAGAAAGCUGAGAAGUUGAAGAGUUGGAUUGGGAUGUUGAGAUGUGGGGUUGAAUCCAUUGCAGGACAGAUUGAUGAUUUGGUUGAUGAAAUAGUGCAAGGAAGGAAGAAGCUUUUGGACAUGUCCAGUUAUAGGUAGACGCUGAGACGAAGAUGGCCAUAAUAAUAAAAAUUUAUUACAAGUCCAUGGAGU